AGGCCCCGCGCGCCUUCCGGCAGCGCGCGCGGCCGGCGGGGCACAAUGAUCCACGAGCUGCUGCUGGCACUGAGCGGGUACCCGGGCGCCGCCUUCACCUGGAGCAAGCGCGGCGGCCUGCAGGUUUCUCAGGAACUGCCGUUCCUCCAUCCUAGCGAGACCAGCGUUCUGAACCGGCUCUGCCGCCUUGGCACCGACUACAUCCGCUUCGCCGAAUUCGUAGAGCAGUACACGGGACACGUACAGCAGCAGGAUCAUCAUCCAUCUCAGCAAAACCAAAGUGGAUUACAUGGCAUUUAUUUGCGAGCCUUCUGCACAGGUCUUGAUUCGGUGCUGCAGCCGUAUCGACAAGCACUACUUGACCUAGAACAAGAGUUUCUGGCUGACCCGCAUCUUUCAAUCUCACAUGUUAAUUAUUCCUUGGACCAGUUUCAGUUACUCUUCCCAUCUGUGAUGGUCAUGGUGGAACAGAUCAAGGCUCAGAAGAUCCAUGGAUGUCAGAUAUUAGAGACAGUCCACAAACAUAGCUGUGGGGGGCUGCCUCCUGUUCGCAGUGCUCUUGAAAAGAUUCUGGCUGUGUGUCAUGGAGUCAUGUAUAAGCAGCUGUCUGCCUGGAUGCUGCAUGGGUUGCUCCUAGACCAACAUGAAGAGUUCUUUAUCAAACAGGGCCCCUCUUCUGGGAAUGUCCCUAGCCAACCCGAAGAAGAUGACGAUGACCUAGGAAUUGGGGGACUUACAGGAAAACAGCUACGAGAACUGCAGGACCUGCGCUUGAUUGAGGAGGAGAACAUGUUAGCUCCAUCUCUAAAACAGUUUUCUCUGCGAGUAGAAAUGCUGCCUUCAUACAUUCCUGUCCGAGUUGCUGAGAAAAUCCUUUUUGUGGGAGAAUCUGUACAGAUGUUCGAAAAUCAAAAUGUGAACCUGACCAGAAAAGGCUCCAUCCUAAAAAACCAGGAGGAUACUUUCGCAGCAGAGCUACAUCGACUCAAGCAGCAACCACUCUUCAGUUUGGUGGACUUUGAAUCAGUGGUUGACUGGAUACGAAGCACUGUUGCUGAGCAUCUCUGGAAACUGAUGGUAGAGGAAUCAGAUUUACUAGGACAACUGAAGAUUAUAAAAGACUUCUACCUUUUGGGAAGAGGUGAGCUGUUUCAGGCCUUCAUUGAUACUGCACAACACAUGUUAAAAACACCACCUACGGCUGUAACUGAACAUGAUGUCAACGUUGCGUUUCAGCAGUCUGCUCAUAAGGUGCUUUUAGAUGAUGACAACCUCCUUCCCCUUCUUCACUUAACCAUUGAGUAUCACGGAAAGGAGCACAAAGAUACUUGUCAGACUCGUGAAGGGCCUUCCCGGGAGUUAUCUCCACGUGAGGCCCCCACAUCUGGAUGGGCAGCUCUGGGCCUUUACUACAAAGUUCAAUGGCCACUGCACAUUCUCUUUACUCCUGCUGUUCUGGAGAAGUACAAUGUUGUGUUCAAAUACCUGCUGAGUGUGCGACGAGUCCAGGCUGAGCUACAGCACUGCUGGGCUCUCCAGAUGCAACGCAAACACCUGAAAUCUAACAGAACUGAUGCCAUAAAGUGGCGUCUGAGGGACCACAUGGCUUUCCUUGUGGACAAUCUUCAGUAUUAUCUGCAGGUGGAUGUCCUGGAAUCACAGUUCUCACAGCUUCUGCAGCAGAUAAAUGCCACACGAGACUUUGAGAGUAUACGACUCGCUCAUGAUCAUUUCUUAAGUAAUCUGUUGGCUCAGUCUUUCAUCCUCCUAAAGCCUGUUUUCCACUGCUUAACUGAAAUUCUGGAUCUUUGUCACAGCUUUUGUUCUCUGGUCAGUCAGAAUCUGGGGCCAUUGGAUGAACGGGGUGCUGCACAACUAGGUAUUUUGGUGAAGGGAUUCAGUCGUCAGUCAUCACUUCUUUUCAAGAUUCUUUCUAGUGUUCGCAACCAUCAGAUAAACUCUGAUUUAGCUCAACUGCUGCUACGCUUGGAUUAUAACAAAUACUACACCCAGGCUGGAGGAACCUUGGGCAGUUUUGGUGUUUAAGCACUAAGAUCUUCAGCCUGUGACCAACAACACAUCAAGCACUGGAGACUGAUGCUCUUAGAGAGUCUGCCAUCAUCUGAAUUUUUCUUUGUACCUGGCUCCUGCCUGGUGAGCAAAUGUAUGAGGAGGAGUUGGCAGGAAGUGCCAUUUACAUGAGGCUGUCCAGUAAUUGGAGAAAGCUAAUCCAUUUUUUCUGAACUAGUAAAAACAUGCUUUCUGCAGCCUUGCAUGUACUUAAAACGCUUCUAGGGAGUCAGUCUGUGCCUUUUCAGAAAGUGGGAAAAAAACCCAAGAAUUAUGUCUUGAUUCUUCAUUUGUACUUUGACCUUUCCAGUUGGAGUGUGGAGGAGGUAGUCUUGUUCAUGACUGAAUGCGGUUUUGGCUGCAUUCAGAAGGUCCAUUUGUGCAGUAAACUGAUUCACCCUACAACACCAUGCCUGCUAAUCAAAUACGCACCUCUAGGUAAAUAAAGCAACUGCAACAGCAGUUUGAGGUAACAGGAGGAGGGGGAAGGAAUAGAUUUUAAGAAUCUCUUGCCAUGCAGUGCACUGUUUUGGCAUAUCUGUAUAGGUAAAGAAGCCACUAGUGAUGUCAUGUGCUUUCUUUAGAAAACACAUUACAUGUGUGCUAAAAAUAUGCACGUCAAACAGAAAUAGAAACUUUGCACUAAUCAAAGUACAAAGCUCUCUCUGCUGGCAGAAAAGUGUCCUAGAAUGAAACAAAGAAGAAAAUGAACUAGGAUGCCAGCUCUGAAUGUACUGUUUUAAUUCAAGACUAUUUUUAUUUGGAAUGCUACUAGUGACUAUGCUGAACCCAAAUAAAAACCAUCUGGU